GGGCAUUAGAUAGACACAACCCAAUCAACAUGAUGCAUUUCUUAAUCUCUCACAUAAAACAUUGUCCAGAACAGCUCCGGUGGGCCCGAGAUUCUACCGGUGUGGUCCCGCUCCGCCGCCGGCCUCUUGGCAACCUGCUUGGCAUCCACCGGUGAUAUAACCGAAGUCCUUAUAUAUCCAAGCGGGUGCGUCGCGGGUGCGAGACUUCUGGAAUUCCUGGUUCAGUCCAUAUUCUCGCAAUGCUCUCUCCCCGCCAUGGCAGCAGCGGCUCCGGUGAUGGUGUUAUGCGGCACCACUGGGGCUAUUUCACUCGGGAAUUGCCGUGCACGAGUGACCCGGGCAAUUGCGCGUAUUUGGAUGCUGUGUAUGGGGGGCAUGAUUUGUCGAUGAUUUAUAGCGCUAUUCUUUGGGCGGUUAUUGGGGGUGUUCUUUUGUUUUGCGCCAUGGUUCAUUAUUUUCCGGUUUCGCGUCGAAAUACCGGUGCCGGGACCAAGGAAGUCGAGCAGCCGAACGAGCGACAAGGCACGGUGUAUCGCGUUUGGAGAACUGUUAUCGCUAUAUCGAAUCGCUAUCUCCUUUCGGAAUCGCUGACACCCGUGUUCGGACACACGACCCGACUCAACAUCCUCGUCCUCGUUAUCCUAAGCGGAUACCUCACCAUCUUCACCUUCGUCGGAAUCACAUACAAAACAUGGUACAGCCCCAUCGAAGGAACAAACCUGAAGAUGACACGAGCCGGACUGGGUCCCUGGGCUGAUCGGAUCGGAGUCAUGGCAUACGCAUUGACGCCGCUAUCUCUUCUUCUCAGCAGCAGGGAGUCACUGCUCUCCUUGAUUACCGGCAUCCCAUACCACCACUUUAACUUCCUGCAUCGCUGGCUAGGAUGGAUUAUCUAUAUCCAGUCCGCUUUGCACACGAUUGGCUGGACCGUCGUGGAGGGUCGUCUGUAUCAGCCGCAGCCGCAAAAAUGGAACGAGUUCAUAUCGCAGCAGUACAUUAUCUCUGGGAUUGUCGCGAUGAUAUGCAUUACUUUUCUUGUGCUCCAUAGCACAAAAUGGUGUAUCAGAUUGACUGGGUAUGAGUUCUUCCGGAAAUCGCAUUAUGUGAUCGCCAUGGUAUACGUUGGGACUUGCUGGGGACACUGGGACAAGCUGAGAUGUUGGAUGAUUGCGUCGCUUAUCGUCUGGAUGUUGGACAGGACUGUACGAUUCGUGCGUGUUUUCGUUGUGCAUUGUGCGGGUAGUGCGGGGUCGAAUUAUUCGUUAUGCGGCAGUGUUCUGGUCCCCAAGGCCAAGAUGACUUCUUUUCCUAACGGUCAGGAUGGAGAUGUGGUCCGUUUGGAUUUCCAGCAUGAUUAUCCAUUAUGGGACAUCGGUCAGCAUUUCUAUUUAUGUUUCCCCGAGCUUAGUGUCUGGCAGUCGCACCCGAUGACACCAAGCAGCGUUCCGGUACCGAAUCCGCAGGACCAGGGCCAGUCGCAUUCGUACAUCAUCAGAGCGAAGAAGGGCCUGACAAAGGACCUGGCAAGAAUUGCCCGCGAGACCCAGACGGAAUCAGGAUCGUCACUGGACGGAGCAAGAACCACAGAGGUUCUUCUCUCGGGCCCGUACGGACAGUCUAUAGUUGACACUGAGCUGAUCCGAACAGACGACAUCAAUCUCUUUUGUGUCGCUGGCGGCACGGGGAUAACAUUUAUUCUUCCGGUGUUAAUGUCGCUGGCGACAAGCAACCAAUACUGUUGCAGAAAAGGGCUGACGGAGCUUGUUUGGGUUAUUCGACGGAAGGCGGAUAUGCAAUGGAUCAGCACGGAACUUGACACUUUGCGCGAAGCUGCGGAAAUGUUCCCCUCAUUGCGCAUUCGCAUUUUCGUCACUCGAGAGGAACUCUCGCCAGAAAGUGAUGAUACAUCAUCUGGAUCUCCUGACGCCAACCCGAUCGACAAAGGAUUCUCUGACAAGACCGUUGAGAAUUCUUGCUGCGGGCAACCGUCUCCGAACGAAGAUGACCAGCCAUUCAUGGUCCAGCAUAUCAAGAAUUCCUACACAGCACACCCUAACCUUGCGCCAAUUCUGUCCAACUUCGUCUCUAGGACAGUUGCAGGACCGACGAGAGUGAUGGCCAGUGGGCCUCCGGGAAUGAUAUCGGACCUGCGCAAAGCGGUGGCGUUAUCGAACGACCCGGGUCGAGUGUGGAAAGGAGACGAGAGAUGUGAUGUACAGUUAGUGUAUGAUGACCGUGUGGAGUGGUGAUUACCAGUAUCUGGUUGUGUUUUUGAUAUGCAUUUUCAACGGACCCAUGCUGGUCAUAGAGAUUAGAUUAGAAUAGAAUAAUAUACCCCAAGUUGCGAACAUUGAUUAUGAAAAU